UAAUGGUGCAAGCUAACGGUUUGUUCAUUCAAGACUAGCACGUACAAGCCAACGGUUUUUUAUUACCACAAUUUCAUAUUCAACUCUAAUUAUUUAUUGGUUGGAGUAAGAAAACAGUGUAAAAAAAAGUGAUUUGAUUCAGUUAAUCAAGGUGGCGGGAAGGUUAAGGAAAGAAAGCAAGUGAAGUACUAAAACUAAGAACCGGACAGCCAAUUAAAAUGAAGCAAGUGGGAAUGAGAAUUCACAUAGUUCCAUAAGAAACAUAGUUAAAACUUGGAUUAAACCGAAAGGCAUGUGACGUUUCUUUUAUGGUUUUAAUUAAAUCAUAUAGUAUCUACCCCAUUUGACAUUAAAUAGUGAAGCAUGUGGGUGGAUUGCAUCGAACUAUGAGAGACCUAAGUGAAUCUGUUUCCACCUUCUUUCUCUGCUUUGGAACCUUCAAACCAACCUUCCCUCACAUGCUCCCUCUGUUAGCUCUCUGAGAUUCUCCUCCUUUUUAUAUUAAUCUUAAGCUUCCAAUAUCAGGAUUCAGGUUGUUACAAAACAUCCAUAUACUUUAGCUUAUGUUUUUCAAUGUUGAGUAUUCAUGUAGGAAGAUGAUGAUAUCUUGUGAAGAAAAAGCGUAGAAGAGAGAGAGAGAGGGGGCAUGGGGUGUGCUACAUCUGUUUAUGCUUCUGUGGGCAAGAAGAAGAGGAUCGUUCAAGAAUCUGUAGUGUUUGUUCUGCAGCUCCGUGUUCCUGUUCAGUCUGAUCUUCAGCGUCAGCUCAAAGGCGAUGCUCCCAAGGCCACCGUUGAGCGUUUGGCAUGUCUAAGGAAUCAGAUUCAGCUGGUAGCUGAGGACACAGGUGGUUCUGCCAUCUCUGAGCUGCGUACAGCUUUGGAGGAGUACUUGUCUCUUCUCACCGGUCUUAUCAAGAAAAAGAAUGAUGGCAUGGAGGGGUGUGUAGAGUUCAAAUGGAAAACCCUAGGAGAUGGUCGAAGAGCAGAGUUAUGUUUCACAAACCUUUGGAUGGAGAUGCUGACAGUGAUCCACAUGAUGGCUGCUUUGGCAUUGACUGAAGCUAACUCUCUCAUGAUUCCGAAGGCUUGCUCUGAUUCUAGCAAUAGCGUCCGUGUGGUCUCCAGUGAUUGUAGAAGAGAUGCGGUUGACUUGCUGCUCAAGGCAUCUGGAUACUUAGAGUUCUGCAUCAGAGAGAUAUUAACUCGCUUUCCUCCUGAUAUAAAGAGUAAAUUGCCAGAUGAUAUGCAGGAGAGUGUUUUACAAACUCUAUCUAUCCAAGCACUUGGACAGGGAACUGAGAUUCAACUAGGAUUAGCAGUUGAUAGCCAGAAAGCAACACUGUCUGUGAAGAGGAGACUUGCAUGUGAGCAAGUCAUCUACUUCUCUCAGGCAUAUCAAUGCUUGUCUGGUUGUGACGUAGUCAGUCAUGGAUGCGCCAAGAAGCUUCUCCGGUUCAUCUACUGGAAGUUUCUUGAAGCAAAGGCAGCGGCAUACUACUACCAUGGACUGGUAACAGACAAAGGAAACGAGCCAGCUUGUCACGUGAGCGCGGUGUGUUGUUUCCUUGCAGCUGCAGAGCUCCUAGCAGAAAGCAAGAAGGCUUGUUUCAGCUUCUGUUUAGCCCCUCCUGUCACCAGGGCUCCUCCUAUGUGGGGUGUUAUGAAGCAUUUGAGCCAGAAGAUUCCAGAAGUUGCUUUUAGAAAGUCUCAAACAUAUGGAUACUUGCUUGAAGAAGAAGAAAAGGCAAUGCAGUGUUUACCAGAGCUCCCAGACUUUCAAUUGUCAUUGAGACCAGAAGAGUUUGAGCUACCUGAGAUAGAAGCGGGCUCUUCUGAAGGAAACCAAACCCAUUUGCUUAGUGAACAUCUCGAAGACUACUCCGAUAAUCAUGAUGAUGAUGAAGAUAAUGAUCAUUGAGCAGCACUCUCUCUACACAUAUUCUUUGAGUAUCUUACCAGUUAUAUAUAAUUGUAAUGUAAUAGAGUUACUUCUUUUGCAGUACUAGUUUCUUUCGUGUCAAACAAACGUAUGAUACUUGUUUCAGUUUUUAGUAUAGUAUGCAUUAUCUAUCUGAGUGACUAAUUACUUUUUGCUAAUAAGAAUUUGGAAGAAGUAAGAGAAAGGAUGGUGUUAUAGAAAACGUUUUCACGCAUACGUUGGAGUAAAAAAGUGGCUGUCGUGUGAGGCACUUACAAACGGCACACAGUAUACUGUAAAAUCGGAAAGAGCUAUAUAGCAUGAGCGUCACGUCACGUCAUUGAGUAAUGAUGAGAUGUUGGAUUCCGCACGUACCAACUGUUGUA